GUCGUGAAAAUAUCAAAACGCAAUCACAUCAUCAUCAUCACCCAACCAACACACAUUCCCCUCAGUGGGGAAAUAGGAAUAACAAGAACAGGGGCCCUGGCCAGCAGCAGCUUGUCGUGUCGUCGUCGUCGCCCGGAGUGUAGUCGUUUUAUAAAUCAAUUUUUAUGUGGAUUUUAUCAAAAUGAGUGUCCUACCGUUUGUACGCGGUGUUGACUUUACCAAAAAUGAUUUCAGUCGAACAUUCCCCAGCUCCAUGCGGCAAAUGUCGCGGGUGCAAUGGCUUACACUGGACCACACACAGCUGCAGGAGGUGCCCGAGGAGUUGGGCCAGCUGCAGAAGCUGGAGCAUCUCUCCCUCAAUCACAAUCAGCUGGAGAAGAUCUUCGGCGAGCUGACAGAGCUGACCUGCCUGCGUUCAUUGGAUUUGCGGCACAAUCAGCUGCGCAACAGCGGCAUACCGCCAGAGCUGUUCCACCUGGAGGAGCUAACCACGCUGGAUUUGUCGCACAACAAGCUAAAGGAGGUGCCCGAUGGCCUGGACAGGGCCAAGAAUUUGAUUGUGCUGAAUCUCAGCCACAAUCAAAUCGAGUGCAUACCCACCCCGCUGUUCAUACACUUGACGGAUUUACUCUUUCUCGAUCUGUCGCACAAUCGCCUCGAGACCUUGCCACCCCAGACGCGACGUCUGACCAACCUGAAGACCCUCGACUUGUCGCACAAUCCGCUGGAGCUGUUCCAGCUCCGCCAGCUGCCCUCCCUCCAAAGCCUCGAGGUGCUAAAGAUGAGCGGCACACAGCGGACGCUGCUCAACUUCCCCACCAGCCUGGACAGUCUGGCCAAUCUCUGUGAGCUCGAUCUGUCGCACAAUGCGCUGCCCAAGCUGCCCGAUUGUGUCUACAAUGUGCCGACGCUGGUGCGGCUCAAUCUGAGCGACAAUGAGAUCAACGAGCUCAGCGCCAGCAUGGAGUCCUGGCAGCGCCUCGAGUCGCUCAAUCUUUGCCGAAAUCAGCUGACCGCCCUGCCCGCCGCCCUCUGCAAGCUGUCCAAGCUGCGGCGUUUGUUUGUCAAUGACAACAAGUUGAAUUUCGAGGGCAUACCCUCGGGCAUCGGCAAGCUGGGCGCCCUCGAGGUCUUCUCGGCGGCCAACAAUCUGCUGGAAAUGGUGCCCGAGGGCGUCUGCCGUUGCGGGGCCCUCAAGCAGCUGAAUCUCAGCUGCAAUCGUCUCAUCACACUGCCCGAUGCCAUCCAUUUGCUGGAGGGACUCGACCAGCUGGAUUUGCGCAACAAUCCCGAUCUGGUGAUGCCACCCAAGCCGAGUGAGGCCAGCAAGGCGACCAGCCUGGAGUUCUACAACAUCGAUUUCAGUCUGCAGACGCAGCUGCGGUUGGCCGGAGCCGCUGUGCCGCCCUCAAUGCCCGCUGCAGCGACGCCCAAGGAUUCGACGGCGCGCAAGAUACGCCUGCGACGUGGACCGCGCUGUGAUGGCGAUCAGGAUGCGGCCAAGGUGCUCAAGGGCAUGAAGGACAUUGCCAAGGACAAGGACAACGAGGCCGAGGGUCUGCUACCAGAUGAUGGCAGCGGCAAACCCGAGUCACUGAAGCCCAAGCGCUGGGACGAAUCACUCGAGAAGCCCCAGCUGGACUACUCCAAGUUCUUUGAGAAGGAGGAUGGCCAACAGCCGGGCCUCACCAUCUGGGAGAUUGAGAACUUUCUGCCCAACAAAAUCGAGGAAGUGGUCCACGGCAAGUUCUACGAGGGCGACUGUUACAUUGUGCUCAAGACACGCUUCGAUGACCUGGGCAACCUGACGUGGGAGAUUUUCUUUUGGAUCGGCAACGAGGCGACGCUGGACAAGCGCGCCUGUGCGGCCAUUCAUGCUGUGAAUUUGCGCAACUAUUUGGGCGCACGCUGCCGCACGAUACGCGAGGAGCAGGGCGACGAAUCGGACGAGUUUCUGGCCCUCUUCGACACGGAAGUCAUCUACAUCGAGGGCGGACGCACGGCCACGGGCUUCUACAACAUCGAAGAGAUGAUACACAUCACGCGGCUGUAUCUGGUGCAUGCCUACGGGGCGACAGUGCACUUAGAGCCGGUGGCCGUGGCGCUUGAGUCGCUGGAUCCGCGGCACGCAUUCGUCCUGGAUCUGGGCACACGCAUACACAUUUGGCUGGGCAAACGCUCCAAGAACACGCUCAACUCGAAGGCACGCCUCAUGGCCGAGAAGAUCAACAAGACGGAGCGGAAGAACAAGUGCGAGAUCAAUGUGGAGCGUCAGGGCGAGGAGACGGAUGAGUUUUGGCAGGGGCUGGAUGUCACCGCGGAGGAGGCAGCCGCACAGCCGCCACAGGAGCAUGUCCCGGAUGACUAUCAGCCGGUGCAGCCGCGCCUCUAUCAGGUGCAGCUGGGCAUGGGCUAUCUCGAGCUGCCGCAGGUGGAGUUGCCCGAACAGAAGCUCUGCCACACGCUGCUCAACAGCAAGCACGUCUACAUCCUGGACUGCUACACGGAUCUGUUUGUGUGGUUCGGCAAGAAGUCGACGCGACUGGUGCGUGCGGCGGCCGUCAAGCUCAGUCGGGAGCUCUUCAACAUGAUGGAUCGGCCGGAGUGUGCGCUCGUCAUGCGCGUGCCCGAGGGCAAUGAAAUGCAAAUCUUUCGCACCAAGUUCCUGGGCUGGGAUGAGGUCAUGGCUGUGGACUUUACGCGCACAGCCAAGUCCGUGGCCAAGACGGGCGCCAACCUAACGCAGUGGGCGCGGCAGCAGGAGACGCGAACGGAUCUGGCGGCACUCUUUAUGCCACGACAAUCGGCCAUGCCGCUGGCCGAGGCCGAGCAGCUCGAGGAGGAAUGGAACUACGAUCUGGAAAUGAUGGAGGCCUUUGUGCUCGAGAACAAGAAGUUUGUCCGCUUGCCAGAGGAGGAGCUGGGACACUUUUACACGGGCGAGUGCUAUGUCUUUUUGUGUCGCUAUUGCAUACCCGUUGAGGAGCCCGAGGCAGCGGGAGAAGAUGUGGAGCCAGCAGCAGCAGCGAGUGCGCCAGAUGACAGCAACCCAAAGUCACCGCAGCAAUCGCAGCUGAUGCAAUCCCAGCCAGAGGAUGAGAUACAAUGCGUGGUGUACUUUUGGCAGGGACGCAAUGCCGGCAACAUGGGCUGGCUGACGUUUACGUUUACGCUGCAAAAGAAAUUCAAGGCCAUGUUCGGGGAGGAGCUGGAGGUGAUGCGCAUCUUUCAGCAGCAGGAGAACCUCAAGUUUAUGUCGCACUUCAAGCGCAAGUUUAUCAUACACACGGGCAAGCGCAAGGAUAAAGCACUGACAGCCGAUGGCAAGGCGCCCGUGGAGUUCUUCCAUUUGCGCUCGAAUGGCGGUGCGCUGACCACGCGACUCAUACAAAUCAAUCCGGAUGCAGUGCAUCUAAAUUCGGCCUUCUGCUACAUACUCCAUGUGCCAUUCGAAACGGAGGACGAGUCACAGUCGGGCAUUGUUUAUGUGUGGCUGGGCAGCAAGGCAUGCAACGAGGAGGCCAAACUGGUGCAGGACAUAGCCGAGCAAAUGUUCAACAGUCCCUGGGUGAGCCUGCAGAUUCUCAACGAAGGCGACGAGCCGGAGAACUUCUUUUGGGUGGCACUCGGCGGUCGCAAGCCCUACGACACGGAUGCCGAAUACAUGAACUACACGCGUCUGUUUCGCUGCUCGAACGAGCGCGGCUAUUACACGGUGGCCGAGAAGUGCGCCGAUUUCUGUCAGGAUGAUCUGGCCGACGAUGAUAUCAUGAUACUCGACAAUGGGGAGCAUGUCUUCCUGUGGAUGGGGCCGCGCUGCAGCGAGGUGGAGGUGAAGUUGGCCUACAAAUCGGCACAGGUGUACAUACAGCAUAUGCGGAUAAAGCAGCCCGAACGGCCGCGUAAACUCUUUCUUACGAUGAAGAACAAGGAGUCGCGACGAUUUAGUAAAUGUUUUCAUGGCUGGAGUGCCUUCAAGGUGUACAUUUAGGCCUAGGCCGGGGGGUGUGUUGUAGUGGCUGCUUGACAGCUGCCGUGACAGUGCAGCAAGAAGAGCAGCCAUGAACAGGACAGAGACAGC